AUGUCUCAUUUUUCCUCUUCAAAAAAAACCUUAAUUUUGCAGAACUGUUUACUUGUAAUUGCAGUAGUGCUGCUAUCAGUUGUUUCAUGUAGUAAUAACAAUAAUAAUAACUAUUCGCGGCAACAUGUUGACAUCACUUGGGGUGAGGGCAGGGGCAAAAUCGUCAACAACGGUGAAAUUCUCACUCUCUCUCUAGACAACUAUUCCGGGUCGGGUUUCCAGUCCAAGAACGAAUAUCUAUUUGGGAAGAUCCAAAUGCAACUCAAGCUCGUGCCCGGAAACUCAGCUGGCACCGUCACUGCCUUUUAUUUGUCUUCUGGAGGGUCAUAUGAUCAUGAUGAGAUAGAUUUUGAGUUCUUGGGGAACUUAAGUGGUGAGCCUUACACAGUUCAUACCAAUGUUUAUGUUCAAGGCAAAGGAGAUAAAGAGCAGCAAUUUCACUUGUGGUUUGAUCCAACUCGUGAUUUUCAUACUUAUUCACUUCUUUGGACCCCUCGAACUAUUGUCUUCUCAGUGGACAACAUACCCCUCAGAGAAUUCAAGAACCUGGAAAAAAUGGGAGUCCCAUUCCCCAAAACCAAGCCCAUGAAGUUAUACUCCAGCAUAUGGAACGCCGAUGAAUGGGCCACGAGAGGAGGACUUGUUAAGACUGAUUGGGCUAAGGCCCCAUUCGUGGCCUCAUACAGAAAUUUCAACGCAGAUGAGGCCUGCGCUGUGUCCUAUGGGUCUGAUCCAGCCCAUUGCACCUCAAAGAACAGCCCAAUAUGGACGUUGCAGAGUUUGGACCCAAUAGGAAUAAAAAAGCUCAAGUUGGUUCAGAAGAAUUAUAUGGUUUAUAACUAUUGCAAUGAUGCCAAACGCUUCCCACAGGGGUUUCCCAAAGAAUGCUAUUAUGUUAUUUAA